UUAUAACCUCAAAAUGACUGGUCGUGGUAAAGGUGGUAAAGGUUUGGGAAAAGGUGGUGCUAAGCGUCAUCGCAAAGUUCUUCGUGAUAACAUCCAAGGUAUCACGAAACCAGCUAUUAGACGUUUGGCUCGCCGUGGUGGAGUUAAGCGUAUUUCUGGUUUGAUUUACGAAGAAACUCGUGGUGUAUUGAAGGUAUUUCUGGAAAAUGUGAUCCGUGAUGCAGUUACAUAUACAGAACAUGCCAAAAGGAAGACUGUUACAGCCAUGGAUGUUGUAUAUGCUUUGAAGAGACAAGGUCGCACCCUCUACGGUUUCGGAGGCAAAAGUACAGCUUGGAUGUUUGGUAAUACACCACCUUGUGCGAUUGUAACACCAGACAACAAUUUCGGAAAAGCGGUCAAGAAGGACGGAAAGGCUCAGAAGAAUAUAACUAAGAACGAUAAGAAGAAGAAGCGCAGGAGGAAGGAAAGUUAUGCUAUUUACAUUUAUAAAGUAUUGAAGCAAGUUCAUCCUGAUACUGGUAUUUCAUCCAAGGCUAUGAGCAUCAUGAACAGCUUUGUGAAUGAUAUAUUCGAACGCAUUGCUGCUGAAGCUUCACGUUUGGCCCACUAUAACAAACGAUCCACAAUUACUAGUCGGGAAAUUCAAACUGCAGUUCGCCUUUUACUUCCUGGUGAAUUGGCUAAGCACGCAGUUAGUGAAGGUACUAAAGCUGUCACUAAGUAUACCAGUUCCAAUUAUAAACUCAAAAUGACUGGUCGUGGUAAAGGUGGUAAAGGUUUGGGAAAAGGUGGUGCUAAGCGUCAUCGCAAAGUUCUUCGUGAUAACAUCCAAGGUAUCACGAAACCAGCUAUAAGACGUUUGGCUCGCCGUGGUGGAGUUAAGCGUAUUUCUGGUUUGAUUUACGAAGAAACUCGUGGUGUAUUGAAGGUAUUUCUGGAAAAUGUGAUCCGUGAUGCAGUUACAUAUACAGAACAUGCCAAAAGGAAGACUGUUACAGCCAUGGAUGUUGUAUAUGCUUUGAAGAGACAAGGUCGCACCCUCUACGGUUUCGGAGGUUAAAUAAAUAAUAUUAGUUUAAAAAUGCAAUACUAUUAACACUAUAUUGCCCAAUGGUCCUUUUCAGGACCC